AUGCUGUCUAAUUUGAUAGUAACCCACUACAAGCAAUCAAAUAACCCUGUGUCAUUGGUUAACCUAAAAGGGUUAGGUUUAAACCCAUUGACCAGUCUGAUGAAAUUGGUUGAUAUUUUAUUCGUACUGACUGCAGCAGCAACUGCCAAUGCAAUACUGAUACCGACUAAUAACGAUGGUUCACUCCAAGCAUCAGGCACUUCGAGUCAAUUGUCUGGUCCAACCAGUGAACCUAAUCCAGGCACUUCCAAUGAAUAUCAGCAAGAACCAAUGGAUGUAGUUGAUCCAAGCACUUCCAACCAAAAUCAACAACAAUCAAUAGAUGAACUGGGUCCAAGUAUUUCCGAACAAGAUUGGCAAGAUAUAAUUGAUGGACCCGAUCCAGGCAUUCCGGAAGGCUGGCGAGACUUGGUUGAUGCAGUCAAUUCAAGAAUUGAUAACCAAAAUCAGCAACAAUCAAUGAACCAAGGCAAGUCUGCCAAACGAGGUCGGAAACGGCCAAUUGAUCAGUCCAGUUCAAGUACUUCCAGUCAACACCAACAACAACCAAUGGGACAAGGCGAUUCUUCAAAUACUGUUACAAAUCAAGUAGCUGUAUUAAGCCCAAGAUAUCAGAAAACCUUUGAUGGUAUAAAGAAAAAACUUGUAGCGUCUAAAAUAAUACAAAAGAAAAAACGUAAAGAAUAUUAUGAAUCUAUGGCUCUUGGAUACAGGCAAUGGUCGGUGUUGUCAAUGGGCAACGAUAUACAUGGAUCAAAAAACAAUCCAGAGGAUGAAGCCCGAUUGAAAAAAGAGUAUAAAGAGGCAUGCAGAAAAGUGUCCAUUUUCAGGCAAGAUUUGAAAGCGUUUAUGAAAAGGCGUGGUUUGAAAUUUGAAGAACCGAGUUCAGAUUCAGAUUCAGAUUGA